AUGAAUAUAAUCCGCUUACUCAAUAAAAGUAUGUCUCCUACAAAUGAUUCAGAUGAAAUAGAACCUCGUCUUGCCGAAUUGAGUUGGAAUGAAAUUCUCUAUGAUGAUGGUCUAGCUGCACGUGUCACUGGUUCGUCAUUUCGAUCGAUAACCAUCGGUGUUUGUUUAAUCGGUAUCAUUGGAAAUAUUCUAGCUGUAUGUACAUUACUUCGUCGACGAAUGCGUACACUUUCAACGUACAUCUACUUAACUGCCUUGUGUCUGUCGAAUAUCGUUGCGCUAGUUUCAGUCAUAAUGUUCGAAGGUGAAAUGUUUCUUGUACCGACUCGCCAGAAUUGUUCUAUUGUUCUGACAGCCAAAGCACUUGCCUCCAGUACAUUUGCGCUAUCAACAUGGAUUACCGUUGGCUUCACGGUGGAUCGAUACGUGAUGAUUUGCUUUCCGUUUACUGGAAAAAAUCGCUGUACACGUCGUAAUGCCAUCUAUGUCAUUCUUAUUUGUCUAUUAUUUGCUAUCAGUUAUUUCAUACCGCAAUUAUUGGCUCAAAAGUGUCAUCCACUCAUUCAAUAUCUUCCAACGGAUAUGAACGCAUCAGCGAACGUCUCUCUUCUCCAACAUAAUUAUAUCGAAACGCCCGUCUAUUGGGUAACAGGCCUGAGUGAUCAUGGAAAAUCCGCCGUAUUUCGUGUUGUAGCGACCUUAUUUGCCAACUGUUUACUUAUUCGUAUCGUUCCAUUUCUUGUCAUCUCGAUUCUCAAUUUUCAUCUCGUAAAAACGCUCUCCGAAACAAAACGACGACACCGUGAAAUGAAUCCAUUCGAACAAAAUCGAAAUGAUGUAACUCAUAUGCUUGUCGUCGUCAUCUCCACGUAUCUUCUCUGCAUAAUACCGUCGAUUCCAUUCGCAGCCUUCUUCGCCUACGAUCCACAUCAAUACAUCGACAUCUCAGUUCACUACAUCAUAUUCCAACAUCUCGAUGAAUUUACGAAAUUCUUGAUCAUACUCAACUCUGCCUCGCAGUGCUAUCUAUACAUUUUCUUCGGGAAACGUUUUCGUCGCGAACUAUCGAGUUUUCUAUGUUUGUGUUGUAUUCGUCAUUGUCAUAUGUCGAUACCACAGUCGUAUUUGAGUGAUGAAUGCGAACUGUUCAACGGUGACGUUUGGAGUGCAAACGAAACAUACGAACUCGCUUUGGAGGGUGAAUGGGUAGCGAAUAGACAACAUGAUGGUUUAGCUGGAAUUGAAUUCAGCUUCCACUAUGUGAGACGAACGAGUCGUUUACCAUCGACAACUGGUAUAUCGCUGCUAGCAGAUUCGGAUGAGCGAUAUAAACGAUUUAAUAAUAACGAACAUCCGUCCGUGUUUUUAAUUUGUAUGUUUUUUCAACAUGCGAACUUAGCUUUUCCAAAUCGGUGCUUUCCUUCUUAA